AUGGCGGAAGAAAACAAGGAGAUGAACGAGAAUCUGAUCAACUCCUUCCUCGAGAUCACUUCUUCAACAAGAGAUGAAGCUUCUUUCUUCCUCGAAAGUCACAGUUGGGAUCUAGACGCUGCCGUCUCCUCCUUCCUGGACAACGGCGCCGCCACCGAUUUGCCAGCGGUCCCAAACCCUAAUUUACCUCCUCCUUGGAUUCCCGCUGCUGAAACCUCUCCGGAGAAUCAAGAAGCUGUUAAUCCUCCUGGCAGCCGUCAACACGUUGGGAACAUCCGUACGUUCACCGAUCUGAACCGUUCUCCAGCUGGAAGUGAUUCUGAUGAGGGGCAAGAGUACUACACUGGCGGACAGAAGAGUGGGAUGAUGGUUCAAGAUCCUAACAAAGCAAAGGACGUUGACGCGCUUUUUGAGCAAGCUAGGCUCUCUGCUGUAAACAGACCUGUUGAGCCAUCGAGAUCAGCAUCGACAAGCUUCACUGGAGCUUCUCGGAUGUUGUCUGGCGAACCUGUUCCAUCUGCUCCUCAGCAGCAGCAGCAACAGCAAGACCAGCCUCAGGUGGUGAUGCACACCAUCACUUUCUGGAGGAAUGGUUUCACUGUUAAUGAUGGUCCUUUGAGGAGGUUUGAUGACCCUGAAAACGCAGCCUUUAUGGAGAGCAUUGCGAGAUCAGAGUGCCCUACUGAACUUGAACCAGUAGAUAAGAAGAUACCUGUUCAUGUCGAUCUCGUCAAGCGUGAAGACAACUACACAGAACCACCAAAGCCCAAAAAUCCAUUCCAAGGUGUAGGAAGAACGCUAGGAGCCAGCGGAUCAGGCUCUGCAGAACCACAAGCUCCACCCGCACAAAUGAACACAGCACCAGGACCAUCAAGAGGACUUGUUGUUGACCAAGCAGCACCAACAACUUCGAUCCAGCUCAGAUUGGCAGACGGCACACGCCUUGUAUCCAGGUUCAACAACCACCACACCGUCAGAGACGUGCGUGGGUUCAUCGAUGCUUCGAGACCCGGUGGCUCGAGAGAGUAUCAGUUACUAACCAUGGGGUUCCCUCCCAUACAAUUGACAGACUUGGACCUAACCAUUGAGCAGGCUGGUAUAGCUAACUCAGUCGUCAUCCAGAAAUUAUAGCUUUAUUUAGAAUUUUCAGAUUAAAAACAAAUCUCGUUGCUUUUAAUUGUUUGACAACUCUUAUCAUAGACUCAAAUAUUUGGUCACGCUAGGAUUUGGUUCAUUUGGGAGAAGCAUCAAAUAUUU